AUGGUUGCAGACAUGACGUUGGAGGUUAGGGCCACCCUUGUGGUGGCUCGCCAACAAAAAGUAGCCAAGAACUCCCAUCACCGAGAGUCCGAGAUCCAGAGCUUCCAGGGGAUUCAGUCGGGGCCCUUGCUGGAGCUAGAAAACCCACCCCAUCAUGGCAUCGGGUCACCCUUGCAAUUGAAGUCUCUCGAAUUCGCCAUUAGCCAUCGAUGCCAACUCAGCAAAGGGCAAAAUUGGAAAAUACAUCGCCACCCAUGCACCGCCUUCUCCCCCAAGUUUUUGGGUAUAAAACCCAACCCCCAAAUGCUUGGCCUUGUCUCCGGAAAGACGGGAGGCGGCGGCGCCGCCGCCGCAGGUGGAGGCGGGGAUGACCGUCAGAAGGCGAUCGCGAGUUAUUGGGGCGUGGAGCCUCCAAAGGUCACCAAAGAGGAUGGAUCCGAAUGGAGGUGGAACAGCUUUAGGCCAUGGGAGACGUACAAGGCUGAUCUGUCUAUUGAUCUGGAAAAGCAUCAUGCGCCGGCUACAUUUCUGGACAAGAUGGCCUAUUGGACAGUCAAGGCCCUUAGGUUUCCUACUGAUGUAUUUUUCCAGAGGCGAUAUGGAUGUCGUGCCAUGAUGCUGGAGACAGUGGCGGCAGUCCCGGGCAUGGUGGGUGGUAUGCUCCUCCACUGCAAAUCCCUGAGGCGUUUCGAGCACAGUGGGGGCUGGAUCAAGGCCCUUCUGGAAGAAGCUGAAAAUGAAAGGAUGCAUCUGAUGACUUUCAUGGAAGUGUCCAAGCCGAGGUGGUAUGAGCGGGCCCUGGUGUUUGCUGUUCAAGGGGUCUUUUUCAAUGCCUACUUUGCAGCCUACCUUGCAUCUCCCAAGCUUGCUCACCGCAUUGUGGGCUACCUGGAGGAGGAGGCCAUACACUCAUAUACUGAGUUCCUAAAGGAGCUCGACAAAGGAACAAUCGAAAACGUGCCAGCUCCAGCUAUUGCCCUUGACUACUGGCGCCUUCCACCGGGGUCCACCCUUCGUGAUGUUGUCAUGGUUGUCCGUGCUGAUGAGGCUCACCAUCGUGAUGUCAACCACUUUGCCUCGGAUAUUCACUAUCAGGGGCAUGAGCUGAACAAAUCACCAGCGCCGAUUGGAUAUCAUUAG